GAGGCCACGAGCGGCAACACCGGCAUCGCGCUCGCCAUGGUCUGCGCGCAGCGAGGCUACAACUUCGUCUCAACCAUGGCGGCGUCCUUCUCCGUCGAGCGACGGAAGGUCAUGCGGAUGCUCGGGGCGAAGGUGAUCGUGACCCCCGCGCCCCUCGGUGGCACCGGGAUGGUCAAGAAGGCGGAGGAGUUGGCCGAGGAGCAUGGGUAUUACUUGGCACGGCAGUUCGAGAACGAAGCCAACCCCGAGUACCAUGCCCAGACCACGGGCCCCGAGAUCCUCUCCGACUUCGCGGGCCGCCGCCUCGACUACUGGGUCACGGGCUACGGCACGGGGGGCACCUUCCACGGCGCCGGCAAGGUGAUCAAGCAGGUGAGAGGCGCGCUCGCCGGCGGCCGGCGCCGCGCUGCGUCUAGGGGCGCGCGGAAGUGACGCGCGCGUCGCUCCACCGAAGCGGAGCCAGUGGGAGGGAGG